AUGCCGUCAGCCGUGGCCGCAUGUUUCUCGAUCUCCGUCGCCACCAACAACCCUAAUACGAUCCUCGUUGCUGAGAAGAUCUGUGAGGCUAGUGUAAAGCUCUUGGAGGAUUUCGCGAAUGUCGACCGCUCGUAUAACAUGACUAGGCUAAACAUGACCCCCGAGGAGCUGAAUACUAAGGUCUCUCUCUGUAACGCUUCGAUCGUGCAUAGUGAAACCAAGGUUGGCCGUGAUGUCUUUGAAUCGUCUCGCGGACGGUUGAGGACUCUCGGACGCACUGGUACAUGCAACGUGGAUCUGAGUGCAGCCACGGACUUUGGAUGUCUGUUCGUCAACGCGCCGAGGCCUAACACCAUCGCUGCUGCUGAGCACGCAACCGCUCUUAUGCCUUCCAUGGCCCAAGCUGAUGCCGUGUCGUCUGUGUGA